AUGACAGAUCGGUAUAAUCUACGUAGUGGCAAGGGCAAACCAGGCGGUAUGAACGGGGAGGACGGAGGUCGUGCGUCGGCGGUCAACGCUGAGGGUGAUAGUAGCAGUAGUAGCUCAGAGAUGUCGGUGGCAGACAAGAUGUCACUAAUGCAAUUGCAAUUACAAAUCGCAGAGGCAGAACUGGAGAAGCAAAGGCUUCUGUUAGAAACUCAACGCCUUCAAAAUUCGAGCGCGGUGUCCGUGGUGGAUGGGAGAGGCGGACUUGGGGGUGCUGAGGAAGAUAGGAGGCUGAAAUACGCCAGCCUAUUGAAGGGUGUCCUCGCCCCCAUGCCUACUCAUGAGCCGCUUGUGCCCGGAUGGUUUGAGGAUGUUGAGGCGACCCUAGACUCGUAUGGUGUGCCCAACGAGUGGUGGGCGGGGGUGGUCUUGCCGCGGUUGAGUGAGAGGGCUCGGGGCAUGCUUGCCAAGCUCUCCGCAGAAGAGCGCAAGGACUAUCGGACGCUCAAAUCCAAAGUAUUGGGGGGUCUGCGGCUGUCAGCGGCUGAAUACAGACGUCUCUUUCUGAGCUCUAGGAAGGGUAGCAAGGAGACGUGGGAGCAGUUUUCGGUGAGGCUCGAGAACUACUUGCAAUACUACCUGAACAGUUCCAAGGUACAGACCAUGGAGGAGCUGCAACAGCUAAUGGUCAGCGACCGCAUGAAGGAGUGUCUUGCACCAGACUCUAGAGCCCAUGCCAUACUCAAGGAAAAGGGAGGCUUCCUGACCCCGAGCGCGAUUGCUCAGCUCUCAGAGGACUUUGACGAAAGUCUGAGAUCGAAGGGGGGUUCGGCUACAGACAGGGGCGCUACGACAAAAAAGCCGAAUACAGAAGCACGCGACAAGGACGGACGGUCAGCCGCACCGUUCGGGCGCCGCUGCUUCGGCUGUAACAAGCCGGGUCAUAUCGCAAAAGAUUGCCCUACCCGUAACACCAACCCGAGCAACCGGAUGGGAAAACGUAACGAGGAAAAGGAUCGCACGUUGGCAGCUAUGGUCAGUGCGAUAGAAUCUGAGGUUGAGCCCCGAACGGCGCCAUCAAAGGAGUGCAGUGGCGGACACACGGUGUCGCUAAAAAGUGGCGAUGUGAAUACUACUGCAAUCGUGGACUCCGGGGCCGACAUUAGUGUGAUUCGACAGUCUAUCCUCCGUGACUAUGAGGCCGCGGGCUCCAGGAUUGAGCUCACGAGUGCGUUCGGCGAUCGGGUGACCGCGGAGCUUGCGUAUGUGCCGCUUAGUUCCGUCACGGGGGGGCCGUAUGUCUCGUUGCAACCGAGAAGUCAAGGGGUGUUACGCGCCCUUACGGAGAGGUUGGUUGAGGGCGUUGACGCUUUGAUCACACCUUCUGAUUACGAGCAGCUUCUCAGCGAGCGAGUGUGCACUGACUCCGCGCCUCGGCCCAUGGGGUCAGUGGCAAGUGAUACAGCUGAGAAGGGUGGGGAGAUCGGUAAGCAGUCGUUGGAAGCAGAAGUGCUGACUGUAAUGACGGAGGAACGAGAAACUGGCAGUGGGGCGAAUCCGAUUGCCAGGCAUGAGUUUAGGCGAUGUCAGGAAAGCGACAUGACACUGGAUGAGGCCUGGAAGCAAGCUCGCGUGGGAACGCAUGGAAUGGUUGUAAUGCACGAGCUUCUAUACCAUUGUGGACCAAUGGCCGGUCGAUCAUGCAACCAGUUGGUGAUCCCUAAGGGUCGACGUGAGGAGGUGCUCCGAAUGGCACAGGAUUCUGCAUGGACUGGGCAUCUCGGUGAGCGUAAAACACUUCAGCGCAUCAAGCAGUCGUUCUAUUGGCGAGGCGUGGCCGCCGAUGUCAAGGCGUACCGCCAAAGCUGUCACACGUGUCAAUUGAGGCCUCCCGCGCGACAGUCAGACCGAGUGCCUAUCGCGCCGCUCACGAGACCGGACGCGCCUUUCCAAAUGGUAAAUAUGGAUGUUACUGGCACGCUCGAUCCGCCUCCAGGUAGGGGUCACCGCUAUGCGCUCUGCGUCGUGGACUACUGCACGAGAUGGCCCGAAGUCGUCUGCCUUCGAUCACUGACCGCGAAGGCGACAUGUGACGCUCUCUUAGAGAUCUUCUCGAGUAUGGGGGUCCCUGAGACGGUUUGCUCGGACCAGGGAACUACCUUUACGGCAAAACUCACUCAGGAGCUUAUGGCAAGGCUAGGAGCGACGCCGCGGUUCUCUACACCGGACCACCCGCAGAGCAACGGACUCGUAGAGAGGUGGAACGGAACAUUCAAGGCGAUGUUAAGCCAUGUAGUCCAGGAGCAUGGGCGCGACUGGGAUAGGUACAUAGCGUACCUCUUAUGGGCGUAUCGCGAGGUUCCCAACGCUACAACCGGUGAGACACCGUUCGAGAUGAUGUACGGUAGGGUGCCGAUCGGGCCACUGGCUAUACUUGAGAAAACAUGGACGGGUGAGUGGACGGUGCCAGACUCGCUGAAUGUCUCAGCAGGAGCGUAUCUGUCUCAGUUGCGAAAGCGCCUCGAGAGUGCAUCCUAA